AUGACGGUGACAAACUCUACACAAUAUUUCUCUCUUGGUGCAUACUUUGACACCGGGGUUUUCAAACCCUUAUAUUUCCUGAUCGUUCUGGCUUUGUAUAUUUGUAUCAUAGGUGCCAACGUGUUGCUGAUUGUGGUUAUCUGUGUGAACAGGAGCUUACAUGAACCUAUGUACCUUUUUCUGUGCAGCCUGUUUGUAAAUGAACUGUAUGGUAGUACAGGGUUGUUUCCAUUCCUUCUGGUUCAGAUCCUCUCUGACAUUCACACUGUUUCUGCUCCGCUCUGCUUCCUGCAAAUUUUCUCUGUGUAUACAUAUGCAAAUAUACAAUUUAGUAAUUUAGCCGUUAUGUCUUAUGACAGAUAUCUUGCUAUCUGUCAUCCUCUGCAAUAUAACACACUUAUGACUUCUAAAAAGGUCAUCGUACUGAUAGCUCUAUCAUGGUCAAUACCAUUUAUUGCCAUUUUGAUUUUGAUUUGUUUGACUGCAUCUUUACAGCUGUGUGGGAACAUCAUCAACAAAGUGUACUGUGACAACUACUCUAUUGUUAAACUGGCCUGCUCUGACACUACAGUCAAUAAUGUGUAUGGACUCAUUGUCACUUUCCUUUUAAUUAUAUCUCCCGUAUUUCUAAUCUUUUAUACGUACAUGAAGAUCCUCAGAGUGUGUUUCUCUGGCUCCAAACAGACGAGACAGAAAGCUUUCAGUACCUGCGCACCUCACCUCGCUUCCCUGCUUAAUGUUUCAUGUGGGUGUUGCUUUGAAGUAAUACAGAACAGAUUUGAUAUGGAAUUUGUACCAAAAAUGUUGCGCAUUUUUUUAUCAUUAUACUAUCUUUCAUUCCAGCCAAUCUUCAACCCUGUACUGUAUGGACUGAAUAUGACCAAAAUCCGCAUCAUUGUGUGUCCAGCAGACCUCCUGAACCAACUAAGCACCAGGGAGGAUCAGAUGGAGGCUCCUCUCUUUACUGAGUGUCCCGAGAUAUACAUCUGUCAUGUGACUGUGUGGUUCUGGUACCAACAGCACAAGUGA